CGUUAAAAAAUCCCCUGAGUGUGUAAGAGAUGGUCGGACGUGACAUAUUAUGUUCAAACUCCGGCCCAGCCACACCGCUGUGCUGUACAGAAGAUGCCCCCGCCGGAGAGCUCUUCUCAAGCCACCACAUAGCACUCGUCGCCUCCCCAACCCGACUGAGCGUCACCUAGCUUCUUAACUCCAUCGCCUUCUACUACAGACGGCUCGCGGGUGACGGACCAGGAUGUGCUGGACUCGUUGGAGUGGCACACACUGACAGGGGUGCUGGGGCCCGAGAUACACGGCAUCUGGCCGCGCUACUCAGACCUCACCGACAUCAACACCGCCGACGUGGACGUGGAGAACGGCGUUAUCGCCACCGGCGACGACUUCGGCCUCGUCAAGCUCUUCAGGUACCCCUGCCGGAAGAAAGGCAGCAAAUAUCGUUCGUUUCCCGGCCACUCGGAGCACGUGACGUGUGUUCGAUUCACGUCGGAGCGGACGCACGUGGUGUCGGUGGGCGGAGGCGACCGGUCCGUAUUCGUCUGGAAGUACCACCUGGGAGCGACAGAAACCAGCCACAUGGUGGCCUUGAGAAGAUCAGUGCAGGUUUCCGAGGACGACGAGGCAGACACGGACAACGAAUCAUUCCCCGAAAUAUACACGGACGUGGAAAAUGAACAAAGCCUGCACAAGCCGUCACGACUGACCCGCAAACAGCGGGAGAAGCGCCAGCUGGUCGGAGCCACUCGCGAGAUGCCCGAGAAAAGCUCCUCGCUGAACGUGGACACGAAGCUGCCGGAGAUGGGACUCAAGCUCAAGUUUGCGUACGGUUACCGGGGGCACAGCACGCGGAAGAACCUGCACUUCAGCUUGUCGGGCCACCUGGUGUACCAUCUGGCCGCGCUGGGCAUCGUGUACGACCCGACCACCAACGGCAUGCGCUUCUACAACCAUCACACGGACGACAUCCUGUGCUUGGCCAUGCAGCCCGGCACGGACGUGGUGGCCACCGGCCAGAUGGGCGCUCAACCAACCAUCCACGUUUGGUCGGCCGACUCGCUGGAGACGCUCUCGGUGCUGAAGGGCCACCACCAGCGCGCCGUGGUCUGCCUGGGCCUCAGCCGGCAGGGCAGCACGCUGGCCAGCAUCGGCGGCGAUGACGCCCACACGCUGGUGCUCUGGAACUGGCGCAGCGGCCAGAAGCUCGCCUCCGCAAGGGGUCACUCGGAUAAGGUGUUUGACCUGGCAUUCGACCCAGUGAAUCCGCACCGGCUGAUGACGGCCGGCGUACGGCACGUCCGCCUCUGGAACCGCUCCGGCGGCGGCCUCACCUGGAAACGGGGCGUGCUCGGCAACCUCGAUAACCAGGACACCAUGUUGUGCUGCACGUGCUCGGAGGACGGAGUAAGCUUCAGCGGCGGCGCAUCCGGCACCGUGUACGUCUGGGAGAACGGCAGGGUCAGCAGGACGCUGAAAGCCCACCGUGGACCUCUCUACUGCAUCACUCCUCUACAAGACGGCUAUCUAACGGGUGGACAAGAUGGCUACAUCUGCUUAUGGGACCAGGAAUUCUCCCGUUGCCUGAAGAUUUAUCCCAUCAGUAACGCAUACGUCACGGGCAGCGAAGUCACAUUGAGCGCCGACCAUCCUUCCAUUCGCGCAUGCGCAAUGGGUGAAGGUCGCAUCGUGGCUGGCACGCAAAAGGGAGAAAUUGUAGAGAUCGCCCAGGAUGGCUCCAUCUGCGUACUUAUGUCGGGCCACAGCCGGGGCGAAUUAUGGGGUCUGGCCACCCACCCGAGCACGCUCGAGUUCGCCACCGUCAGCGACGACCGCACGCUGCGGCUCUGGAACAGGGGCAACGGGCCGCACGUGCACGUGGCGCACCUGCGCAAGUCGGCCCGGAGCGUGGCCUACAGCUCGGACGGCUCCUGCCUGGCCGUCGGCUUUCUGGACGGGAGCGUUAGCCUGUACUCGGCCGACUCGCUGCUGCGCGCCGCCUCGGUCCACCACCGCGACUCGGAGAUAUCGGACGUGAAGUUCUCGCCGGGUGCGGUGCGUGGCCACGGCUUCCUGGCGGCCGCCUCCCAUGACGACGUGGUUGACCUGUACCACUGGACCGAGCAGGGCCAGCUGCGCCGCGUGUCCGUCUGCAAGGACGCCUCCAGCUACAUCUCGCACGUGGACUGGCUGGCCGACGGCCGACUCAUCAGGAGCAACUCAGGUGCCGGCGAGCUGCUCUACUACGAAUGCCCGGGCGGCCGGCGUCAGCUGAUCUCCAGUUCGGUGGAGCCGCUGCUCGACUGGCACACAGAGACGGGCGUGCUGGGGCCGCGCGUGGCCGGCGUCUGGGCGCCAGAGGACGACCUGACUGACAUCAACGCGCUCGACCGCAGUCCCGACCAGGCCGUGGUGGCCACAGCCUGCGAUGACGGCGGCCUCAUCAAGCUGUUCCGGUACCCGGCGCAGGAAAAGUGGUGUCGGUUCCGCAAGUACAUGGGACACAGCAGUCACGUGACCAACGUACGCUGGACGUACGACGGCCAAUACCUAGUGUCGGUGGGCGGGGCCGACUGCAGUGUGCUCGUGUGGGAGCGUGUGCAGACCUCCGAGUACGUGCCCGGCUACACCAACCCCCUAGAUCCCGACUCCGGAGACGAGCUCACCGUCCACGACCUCGAGGUGGCCGCCAUGGUUGGGGCGGCCACGCCGGACGGACUAGGGGAGCAUGGAGUUACUCCCCGACCGCCGCACGUGGCCGGCGACAAGGUGACCGGGCUCUACAUGCAGAACGGCGAGAUCUACACCGUCGUCACCCGCACCAGCAUCGUCGGUUACAACAUCAAGGAAGGUACUCAGGUGUUGGGCAUUCAGCAAGAUGCGCCGGUACUGAGCUGUGCUACCGUUUCGGAAGAGAACUCGCGGCUGCUGGCCGUGGGCGAGACGGGCAACAGCGUUUCCAUCACCGUCAUCGACAUUGCAGCUGCGGCCGGCACCAUCGCCAUGCUGAUGACGCCCACCUCAUCUGAUGAGGAGAUGUUCAAUAUGCGUUUCUCCCCGAGCGGCCGGUUCCUGCUCUGCUGCGUUCACAAGCCGGGCCAGUACAUCCUACGCGUGUGGAACUGGAAGAAGGCCAUACAGCUGGCCCAGACGGAGGUGAACGGCACCUUGCUGGACGCCGCGUUCUCCCCGUCAGACGACCUCAAGAUGACUGUCAUCUGCGCCAAACAGGUUCUGUUCGGCAAGAUCGUCGGGGCUCACAUUCAGCUGCAGAAGGGAUACAUCCCGAGGAAGAAGAAGGGCUCGGACCGCCGGUUCCUCUGCGUGGCUUGCGGACCAGAUCACGCCUCCUACACGGGCACAAACGACGGCCGCCUGCUAGUGUGGAAGGGUCCGAUCAUGUCGCAGGUGGUGGACGUGUCCCAGCACGGCCCUGUCGCAGCCGUAGCCGUCAACCGAGCCGGCACCGCCCUGCUCACAGCCGUUCGCAGCGUGCAGAGUGCUAUCAAGCUAGACCGUUGGACGACAUCUAUCGCAGUGGACUGGAGUUACAGCUUUGAGGUGCCGCCAACGACGCACCUCCAGUCCGUUAGCUGGGCCAAAAACCACGUGCUGGUGACGACCAUAGCCGGUGACAAGGGGCACGUCCGUGAAGUGGAUAUGAAGGAAAAAAGCCACCGCGAGCUGAUGGAAGUCAUGCUCUGAGCGCAGGCCGGGACUACCGUGAUAACCUGUGGCUUCGGCGGGAUAUGCACCGCGCUCUGGCACACACGGCAGAGGGGAUGACCGGGGUUUCAUAAAGGAACUUGAUGCACGAUUCUGUUCUGGCCCAACGGGCUUAUCAGGCACGCUACGACCAAAGCAAUGCUUGCGGAAGCUCUUAUGGUAGCGUAUGCUCUCCCAAGAGAGGUCAGUUGAGCGAAAAUGACUGCCACACCUCCCCUGAGGUGGAGGAUGUCUCUGACCCACCCGAGCACGCUACGUCACGCAUGCGUUUUGUGGUUGUCGCCUCAAGCCACAGUGCUUUCACUCAAUAGAACAUGGGGAUUGGGGCUACAAAAGCAAGCUGAUAAGUCGUGGUUCUGGAUACCAAUGCUUUUAACCCCGCUUAUGUGCCUUUGUGCUGAUUCUGCGCCAGACUUUCGUAUGGUUUCUUUCGCAAGCGGAUGAUGCCAUGUUUCAGCCCGUACGUCAACUCUAAAAAGCAGCUGUAUUCAAUACUCGGCUGAAAAAACCUGUAAAUUGUGAUACAGUAACGGUCGAGCAUACUUUACGUGUAGUUAAGUGACGCUUGGUCCAUGGCUCAACCGCUAAUAACGACUGGCGCGCAUGUCGAGGUGGUUAUGAACUGUGAUUCGUAUUCGCUGUUGUGACCGUGUGUUGCGUGUCUUCACUCCAUUCUAGUCACUUUUAUCUCAGAGAGAAAUAUGGCCUUGCUGCACGUGCAAGAAUAAAGCCAACUGGGGCGCU